UGUCGCAUCAAUUGAAGCGUGUGACCGUGUCAAAUGCGUUGCUCGUAACCCUAUUUUCUCUCUCAUUUUGCCGGACUUUUGAUGGCUUUCGUAAACUCCAUUUCAACAGUUACAAGACCAUACCGCCAUUCUCGUUUCUUAUAAAACUCUUAUUUCUCAACAAUUUCAACUCUUAUUCCCAAUUUCAACUAUAAUUUGUCAAAGAUGUGGAGAAAUUCCUGUAAUCUAUUGAAACGGACAGUUACAUCGGUUGCGAGGACAAAUACGAUUAACUAUGGGGUGAAGCCGUUUUUGGGUGUGGAUUAUAAGUUCGGGUGCUAUUGUGGCCCGAUCCGAAUGGUGGGUGGGUACUAUUUUAGCUCUGGGUCAAAUGGGGGUGGGGAAAACAAGAAUGGGAAUGGGAAUGGGAAUGGGAAUGUGAAUGGGGAUAGUAUUACUCAUGAGGAAGCUAAGAGGUUGAUGAGAUUGGUGAAUGUUGAGGAGCUGAAGUGGAAAUUGGGGAUGAAGAAUACGGAGGUUAUUGGGUAUAUGGAUCUGUUAAAGGCGUGUCAGAAUAUGGGUGUGGCUAAAACCCAUGAUGAAGCUGUUGGUUUUGCUAGAGUUCUUGAUGAGGCUGGUGUUAUAUUGUUGUUCAGAGAUAAAGUUUAUCUUCAUCCUGAUAAGGUAGUGGAUGAAAUUAGAAAGGCAGUUCCCUUAGCACUUCUACCUGAAGAUGACCCCACAAUAGAGGAACUAAAGAUUCUGCAGGAGAAGAAGGAUAAAAUAGAUGAGCUUGCCCAUAGGCAUGUGCGCCGCGUUUUGUGGGCUGGUUUAGGGGCUGGCCUUUUGCAGGUCGGGCUCUUCUUCCGUCUUACGUUCUGGGAAUUCUCUUGGGAUGUGAUGGAGCCAAUUGCUUUUUUUACAACUUCUGCUGGAAUAGUAAUAGGUUAUGCUUACUUCCUUGUUACUUCUAGAGACCCAUCAUACCAAGAUGUGCUGAAGAGGCUUUUCCUCUCAAGGCAGAGGAAGCUGAUCAAGAAGCAUGAUUUUGAUAUUCAGAGGUUUGUCGAAUUACAAAAGAAAAUCAAAUUACCAGUGAAUAGUCAAUCUUCCAUUAAACAUCGGUUAGGAAUGGAGCUGGAACCUGAGGAUCUUUUACAUCAUCACUAAAUCAUGUUGGCCUCUGAUCCUCUUCCUCCCAGCUUCUCACAUAAUUAUAUCCUUACUAAACUCAUACCUUUUAGCCAAUGUAAGCCCUACAUUUUGUCACGGAGGGUGAAUAUCUCAGUUGUUAACAAUCAUCCCUGAUUUUACCUUGUAAUUUGAAGGUUGUAUUUCGUAAAUCUUCUUUACAAGAUAGGCUUAGAUAGUAGUUCUGUCCAUCACAAUAUCCUUCAAGCCUUUAACUCUGCUGUUGUUGUCCUGUUAUAUAUACUUGAAAGUUGUAACAAGAUACUGAUGUUAUAUUAAUGAUUUUUGAAUGUUCAA